UAUCACCGCAGGUACAGUAGAGCACGAGAUAGCGAGGCCACGUUGACAACGUUGUAAUUUCAGAUAUUUCUGUCAACCGGUUGCUAUAUCGGUCGGUCCGUCGGUCAAUUUAGGAGCUCUUCCGUUAAGUGGUAGGAUGAGUGUGGGAUUCAUAGGAGCGGGCCAGCUGGCCCACGCUCUGGUGAGAGGCUUCACAGCCGCAGGCGUGAUUGCCACCCACAGAAUCACAGCCAGUUCCCCAGAUACAGAUCUCCCCACAGUGCAGGGACUGCGGAAAUUGGGUGUGAAUUUCACCACCAGCAACAAAGAGACAGUGAGCAAAAGUGAUGUUCUCUUCCUGGCUGUGAAGCCCCACAUCAUUCCUUUUGUACUGGAUGAGAUUGGACCAGACAUCGAAGAUCGUCACCUUAUUGUGUCCUGUGCUGCAGGUGUCACCAUCAGCUCUAUAGAGAAGAAGCUUCAGCAGUAUCGCACUGAUCCAAAGGUAAUGCGGGCCAUGACAAACACACCAGUGGUGGUGCGUGAAGGGGCCACUGUGUAUGCCACAGGCACCCAUGCAGAAGUGGAGGAUGGAAAGCUUCUGGAGCAGCUGAUGGCCAGCGUGGGAUACUGCACUGAGGUGGAAGAGGACCUGAUUGAUGCCGUCACUGGCCUCAGCGGCAGUGGUCCUGCUUACGCGUUUACAGCUGUAGAUGCUCUUGCUGAUGGCGGAGUAAAAAUGGGUCUGCCCAGGAGACUGGCGGUACGCCUUGGAGCCCAAGCCCUGCUGGGGGCUGCUCGGAUGCUGUUAGACUCAGAGCAGCACCCUGGCCAGCUCAAGGACAACGUGUGUUCACCAGGGGGCGCCACCAUCCACGCCCUGCAUGUCAUGGAGAGCGGUGGCUUCCGCAGCCUCCUCAUCAAUGCUGUGGAGGCCUCCUGUGUUAGGACUAGGGAACUUCAGUUUUUGGCCGACCAAGAGAAAAUCUCUGCAGCUGCCAUAAAGAAGACAACUCUGGACAAAGUGUUGCAGCAGCCAGGAGUGACUGCAGAGGCAGUUGGAGUCAGAUCUCAUGGGAUCAGUUUAUUCAACAGCAGUAACCACAGGGCCAAGAAAAAGUGAUCAUUUUGACAUGUUUGGAAACAGUACAUGUUAUCGUCUGACACAUCAGGGAGGAUGCAAUAUAUGCUGUAAAUCAACUAUUGCUGGGGGUUGAUAGUUGGAUAGUUGGAAUAUAAGGUAACAUAAUGGAUUAUAUUAGAGAUUUUUUUUAAAAUCUGAAUUUUGGAUGAAAACUGUACGAGCCAUAUUUCUUUUUUGUAAUGAACUGCCUUACCUUUGUCAGGCUAGGCUAGACUAGAAUAAUAACUGCAAUACCUGUGGUUGAUAAGACUUUCUAAAUCUUAUUUUAGUCAGUCGUUUCUGAUGGAGGUUGGAAAAGUAAGUUAACAAAAUAACAAUGCAAUGCAGUGCAGAGUUGUGAAGUCGAGUCACUUGACUUGGACAGGAGUCACAAGUUUGAUUAUAUUAGACACGGCUUGAUAAAAUCAAAAAAAGAUUUGCAACUCUACUUGGACCUCAACAGCAAUGAUUUGUGACUUCACUUUGACUUGAGCCUUUUGAAUUGAGAAUACUUGAUACAUUCCCUCAUCCCAAAAAAUAAACAGUAUUUUAUUUAAAAAGUCUGCCAUGAAUCAAUACAUUCCCCUUCAUUUCCUAAAUCAACUAACAUUAAUGCUGUUCAUCCCCAGCAAGUCGGCAUAAAAAUCUUCAUACCCACUUUGUUUGAACUAAUCUGACAGCGUCCAAUAAAGUUGCAUGAAUGAACCGUAAAGAACUGUGCUAACAUUAGGUUAGUGCACCCCGGUUUGAGAAAAUAAUAGCAAAUAUGGUUCGUUUGCAUUCAAAAAUUAAGCAGUGGUCAAUUAAUUUUCUCACCAAAAUAUGCAAACAUAAUAUUAUAUGAUGCAAUUAAAUUGUGAGGAUAUUUUAAAACAUUGUGUCAUUAAAUAUAUAUAUAUAUAUA